AUGAUUCAAGUCUUGCAGAUUGUGAAGGAGCUGGUGACACCAUCAAGGCAAAAAGCAGCCACAGUGAAAGAAGAUUCAGACCAGGAUGUAGCACUCAAACUUGCCCAGGAGCGAGCUGAAAUAGUUGCUAAAUAUGACAGAGGACGAGAAGGUGCAGAGAUUGAACCUUGGGAAGAUGCCGAUUAUCUUGUCUACAAAGUCACGGAUAGAUUUGGCUUUUUACAUGAGGAGGAGCUCCCAUAUCAUAAUGCAGCGGUGGAACGGCAAAAGCACCUGGAAAUAGAAAGAACUACUAAAUGGCUGAAAAUGCUAAAAGGAUGGGAAAAAUACAAGAACACCGAAAAGUUUCAUAGGCGAAUUUACAAAGGAAUCCCACUCCAGCUCAGAGGGGAAGUCUGGGCACUCCUUCUUGAGAUCCCUAAAAUGAAAGAAGAAACAAGAGACCUCUAUAGUAAAUUAAAACACAGAGCACGAGGUUGUUCACCUGAUAUCAGACAAAUAGACCUUGAUGUCAACCGCACAUUUAGGGACCAUAUUAUGUUUAGAGACAGAUAUGGUGUUAAGCAACAAUCCUUAUUCCAUGUUCUUGCUGCGUAUUCUGUUUAUAAUACGGAAGUCGGGUACUGUCAGGGGAUGAGCCAGAUCACAGCUUUACUCCUCAUGUAUAUGAACGAGGAAGAUGCCUUCUGGGCCCUGGUCAAACUCUUCUCAGGCCCCAAACAUGCCAUGCAUGGCUUUUUUGUCCAAGGUUUUCCUAAACUCUUGAGGUUUCAAGAACAUCAUGAAAAAAUACUGAAUAAAUUUCUGUCCAAGCUGAAGCAACACUUGGAUUCUCAAGAAAUCUACACAAGUUUUUACACAAUGAAAUGGUUUUUUCAAUGUUUUCUUGAUCGUACUCCCUUUACACUAAACCUCAGAAUAUGGGAUAUCUACAUCUUUGAAGGAGAACGAGUUCUUACUGCUAUGUCUUACACAAUCUUAAAAUUACACAAAAAGCAUCUAAUGAAAUUGUCUAUGGAAGAACUUGUAGAAUUUCUUCAGGAGACGCUGGCAAAAGAUUUUUUCUUUGAAGAUGAUUUUGUAAUAGAACAACUACAGAUUUCUAUGACAGAACUAAAACGGGCAAAAUUAGACCUUCCAGAACCUGGUAAGGAGGAGGAAUAUCCAAAGAAACCUUUGGGGCAGCUUCCACCCGAACUUCAGUCCGGUGUUAACCACCUGAGCAACGGACAAAGGAGUGUGGGCCGGCCGAGUCCCCACGCCGGCAACAGGAGAGAGAGUGCAGCGUCGCCUCACAGAAGACAUGUGCCCUCCCCGCACCCUCAGAGCACAGCUGGCACCCCAGAAAGAGUACGACAGCUGAGAUGGAAGUCAGUGGAUGAGGACAGCAAAAAGCUUAAAGGUGAGGCAGAUUUUCGAAGAAAAGCUUCGUCAGGCCCACAGGACAGUUCCAGGCAAUAUAAUCAUGCAGCUGCUAACCAAAACAGUAAUGCUACUUCACAUGUCAGGAAAGGAUUUGUGCCCAGAUGGAAUAAACCAUCAGAUGUGUCAGCUGUUGAGAGAACUACCAAGUAUGCCAUCGAAAGCAGAAGUCAAUUAGCCCACCCCACACUCACAGUUAACAUCCCAAGUGCUGGCGACAGCUGGGUAGCAAACGUGAGGCAGAGGAUUAAGGCUUUGGAUGCCGAUGAAGGGAAGCGUGGCUCUAACGCAUCACAGUACGACAAUGUACCUGGAAUGGAAAAUGAAAAUGGAGCUGCUGUUGAAGAGGCACUAGAAAGGGCUUACUCUCACAGUCCAAGGAGUGGGGUUUACUCCAGCAGUCCAAGAAGGCAUGCUGAGCCCAGCACUAGUCCAUCAAAAGCAUCCAACAAGUUUACUUUUAAAGUACAGCCUCCAAGUCACGCAAGGUAUCCGUCCCAGUUAGAAGUGGAGGAUCGGGGAGCAGCGCACCCACCGUCCUACAGUAACCCCCCUACUUAUCAUGGGAAUUCACCGAAACACAUCCCUACUGCUAACAGCAGCUUUGUGUCUCCUCAGUUUAGCCCUGGGACUCAAGUCAGUCCUUCCAGGAGACCUUAUGGUUCUACUCUUUCCAUCGAUAUUUCUCCAGAGAAAUCUUACAGCCGCCCAACUCCUCUUGUACUUCCAUCUAGUCGAAUAGAAGUCCUUCCUGUUGAUAUUGGUGCUGGGGGGUAUUCGGGCAGUUCAGGGUCACCAAAGAAUGGAAAAUUCAUCAUUCCUCCGGUGGAUUAUUUGCCAGAUAACAGAAAAUGGUCAGAAGUUAGUUAUAUAUACAGACCUGAGAUGCAUGGACAAUCAUGGACUCGAGAUGCUAACCAUGGCCACAUCAGCCAUUUACCAAAAUAUACAGCCUUUCAGCAUGUGCCCUUUCAGGACCAUAAUCUCCCACCAGUUUCUGUAGAUAGUCCAGUGCGGUAUAAAACUUCACCAGCUGUAGAAGAUGCCAGUCCAUCUGGGUAUCAGUAUUCAGGGCCUUCUCCUCCAGCAUAUCACUACAGAAACCGGGACGGACUUUCUAUUCAAGAAUCAGUGUUGCUGUGAGAAUUCAUCUGUACUUGAUAAAGACAAGAGAAUAGAA